CCUCCAGAAGUUUUGCAGCAGUCUGAGAAACUCCUCCAAUUAGCGCCAGCUUUUGACCUUUUUUUUGCUCCAAUUUUCUGUCUUUUUUCAAUCAAUUAUUUGCGUUGCUUGGUUUCAGCUUUUUCGGUGUAUCUUCUUUCUCAAUUUUCUCUUUAUCUUUCACUAUUAGUAUUUGCCACUGAUAGUGAGAAUCAGAUGGCUGAGAGUAGCAAACAGGAUAUAAUGCACGACGACCCCUCCAAAGCUUUUACAGGCGUUCGUUUCGUUCUAUUCGGCUUCGACCCCGUUAAGAAAGAACAGGUUCGGUCGAAGCUAUUGGAUGGGGGUGGAGUGGAUGUCAGUCGGUAUUGUCCAGAUUGCACUCAUGUUAUUGUUGACAAGAUUGUCUAUGAUGAUCCCAUGUGUGUUUCUGCUCGAAGGGACGGGAAAACGGUGGUGAAUAGCUUGUGGGUUGAUCAUAGCUCUGAAGUGGGAAUGAUUGUUGAUCCGGCUUCUGUUAUGUAUAGACCUUUGAAGGAUUUGAAUGGCAUUCCAGGUGCCAAGUCGCUGCUUAUUUGCCUGACUGGAUAUCUUCGUCAAGACAGAGAUGAUAUUAUGACAAUGGUAGGGUUGAUGGGUGCAAAUUUUUCAAAGCCAUUGGUAGCAAACAAGGUUACUCAUCUUAUAUGCUACAAGUUUGAGGGGGAGAAAUAUGAGCUUGCUAAGAGAAUGUCGCGGAUAAAGAUUGUCAAUCAUCGGUGGUUGGAGGAUUGUUUAAAGUCUUGGAGUCUACUUCCAGAAACUCGCUAUGAUCAGAGUGGAUAUGAGUUGGAGAUGAUGGAAGCUGAGGCUAAGGAUUCUGAAGAAGAACGGGAAGACGUUCCUGCAGGAGAGAGAAAACUUGUGACCACACCACAGAAUUCAAAAAGUUCUCAUCAAUCCCUUUUGAAGCAGGAAAUUCAAAAUUUGACCACUUCAAAUAUUGCUACCUCUCCACAAAAUACAAAAUCUCCUUUGCAAUCCUCAUUAAAGCAGGACCUCUCUAGAGACCUAAAUUUAAGUGCAUCUAAAGUGCUAUCAGAUCAGAAGAGCAGCAUUAAACCAUUGUUAUCAGCUGGAAAGGGAUCAAAACUUAGUCCUAUCUCUGGUUUUGAACAAAUUCAGAAUAGGCAUCCUGAGAUGAUAGACACUCGUGAAAUUACAACUUUUGGUGAGAAACCUGCUGGCUUUCUAUUAAAUGAUAAUGUCUUGGCAUCUGGCACUACUACCAAGCAAUCGCCUCCUGAGGCGUCAAAAUCUUGUCCUAAAAGUUACUCGCGAAAGAGCUUAAGGAAAUUCAGUCCUGUUACUGAAGUGAAAAGCAACAGAGGAAGUCCUCCCAGUGUCAGUGCUGGAAAACAUAAUGAUGGUCAAAGCCUUACAUCAUUAAAUAUUGAACAAGAUGGAUUAAAUACUGCCAGUGCAGAUGCUCAUAAGGUUGUUGCAUCAUCUUGUGGAAAUGUGCAAAGUUCUAUAUUACCAGAGAAGAGGAUCAUGACCACUCCAUCUAGUAGCUCGAAAAUGCAAAAGAUUACUCAUACACAAGGAACCGGGGGAGAUAGUGCCUUGAUUGUAAGUGGAACUGAAGUGUUACCGGCUGUUCCUAGUGGAGAUGGUGCACAUGAGACAAGUAAUCAUCCUUCAAGGGAUAAUGGCUGUUGUCCUGAUGCAAAGAACGCUUUAGAUCCUACAAAUAGUUCUCCUGUUAACAUCUGCAAAAUUGCAACUCCUGAUUCUACUUUACAACAAUGCAGUAAGGAAGCACUUGAGACUGGUUUGACUGAAACUAUGGGGUUAAGGACCUGCCUGAGCAGCCACAAUACACGCUGUAAAGCUAUUUCCCCAGGCAGCUCUAAAGAUGGCUGUGCUGAUGUUGAAGUGCAAGAAAAUGAGCUGCAAGGCAUCAAGGUAAAAUCACCUGGAAGCAGAAUGGAGAUUGAAAAAUUUGAUGAUUUAGCUGACAUGGAAUUGCCCAAAGGAGGAAAGUCCAACCCGCAGUCUAAAAUGCUUAGGAAGAGAUAUCUUUCCAAGAAGACAGAAAACUCAAAGCAAACUAGUGGUAAAGGGCGUGCUAGAAAUCAGAAGGGUUCUAUUUACCUAAACAAAACUACAGUCAAUUCAACUGGUGAGGAAGAGAUGAAAAGCAAUGAAAAAUUAAACUCUGAGAAGGUUGAUGUUCCUGCAAUGGAUAAUGCAGAUAGUAGCAAAGAGACUGGUAAAAGUAGAUCUUUAGAAUCUGAAGCUGAACAAACUGAACCCCUGUUUGAUGAGACCGAAGCUCCAGAUGACAAAGAGGACGAGUUCAAUGUGGCGGUCCAUAGAGACAAAUCCAAUGACAUUGAAUUGCAACAUUCAGUAGAUAAUUUUGUGGAAGAGGAAAUUAAUGUCCACAAGACAGAUGAACAAAUCACUGAAAACAACUCAGAUACUGGUAACCAUCCUGCAGGGCAUGGUGCUCUGAAAACAAUGGUUGAUCAGACUGAUUCUGUGAAGAAUGCUACAGAGGUAAAAUUGAAAAAAGAUAAAACAUCCCCCUUGAGUACUAGUAAGAAAGCCAGUCCAAUUGCUAAGAAAUCUACAGAGUCUAGAAAAGGUGCUGAAAGAAAGAGAGUCAUAAAUGGAAAAAGUAAGAAGGGAGUGGGGAAGCAAAAAAGACCGGCAUCUAGUACACCUGCAGGAGUAAACCUUGCUGAUACAAAUAAAGAAAACAGUUACAUGGAAGUGGAAAAGGAGAACAUACCAGCUGUUAGCAGAGAGCAGCAAAACUUGAAUGAUGAGAGGCAAGGAGUUGAAAAUAUGGCUCAUAAAAAGCCUUGUAAGUCUAAUGAAAUAGUGAGCAAUGCAAAAGCUACCGGAGGUGGUCUAAAUGCAAGCCCUGAGGAAGAGGGAGUUGGAAAAAUGACCCUGGGAUCAUGUAAAAAGCCUUGCAAGUCUAAUCUCCAAGUGGAAGCUGUGGCUAGGUGUUUUAUAUUUUCCGGGCAUAGGCUACAGAGGAAGGAGUUCCAGCAGGUCAUUAAACGUUUGAGGGGGAAAUCUUGCAGAGACUCUCACCAGUGGUCAUAUCAAGCAACACAUUUUGUUGCUCCAGAUCCUAUUCGCAGGACUGAAAAGUUUUUUGCUGCUGCAGCAUCUGGAAGGUGGAUCCUGAAGGUGGAUUAUCUAACUGCUUGCAAUGAGGCAGGAAAAUUAUUGGAAGAGGAACCAUACGAAUGGCACGGAAAGGGAUUGACUGAAGAUUUAGCUAUCAGCUUAGAAGCCCCAAGGAAAUGGCGGCUCCUAAGGCAGAGAACUGGUCAUGGUGCAUUCUACGGAAUGCGGAUUAUAGUAUAUGGAGAGUUACUUGUGCCAUCAUUGGAUACUUUGAAGCGUGUUGUCAAGGCUGGGGAUGGCACUAUAUUGGCAACUUCUCCGUCCUACACUCGUGUCCUCAAGUCAGAUAUCGACUUUGCCAUUGUGGCUACCGGAAUCCCACGCAAUGAUGCGUGGGUUCAAGAGUUUCUGGAACACAAAAUACCCUGCGUUUCAGCUGAUUACUUGGUAGAGUAUGUUUGCAAGCCUGGUUACUCCCUGGACAAGCACGUUCAGUACAGCACCCAUGCUUGGGCAGAGGAGUCUUUAAAGAAACUUGUAACACGCUGUGAAGAGGUUGAAGACCUGACACCAUCUGGAGAUGAUAAUAGCAGUGACAACAUAUUGUGUAAAGUUUGUGGGUCUGAUGAUGCGACGAGAGAAGCAAUGGUGAUAUGCGGGUGUGGUGUUGGCAUUCAUAUUGGCUGCUGCAAUCCUCCGCUGGAAGAUGUACCAAACGAAGCCUGGCAUUGCCCGGAAUGUAAACCCAACCAAAGUGGCUCUAAAAAACCAAAGAGGAAGCGUUGCAAAGUUUGACUCUUACUAGGUGUACAUUUUUUGUUUUAUUGAUUAUUAUUAUGUAUCAAUAACUUGUAGCCAUUAGUAUAGUAGGUGACGUCGCUAGUGAAAUAAUGCGAUUUGGUGUGGACUCAACAGCUUGCGUUCUGGGCUGGCGACUCAGCUGCUGGAUAUCUCCUUUUCCACUUCAAUGUUCAUCCUGCAUGGGUUAUCAAGCCUAGUGGGCUAAGCAUUCUAGUGUGAGUUAUUAAGUGUUGUCUUGUGGGAUUAAUUAAUUUAGUUCAGUUAGUUUGAUUGAUUACUUAAAAGUUUGGU